AUGGAAAUCAAACCAUCAUAUAAAGAACUUAUUCACACCAUGGAGUUCGAACCCUACAAGCCUAAAUACAUUGAUUGGAGUGACGACGAGGAAACGGAUGAAGAAGAGGAAUUUAAAUACGAGAUCGAUUCAGAUGCAUUUAGAUGUUCGAGUGGAAUUGUGGUUAGCGAAAACGAUCUUGAUGUAGUUAUUAAAAUCGAUUUAGAGGACUUUAAUAUCGAUUAUCAAGUGUGUAACAAUAUUUUGGCAAUAUUUGGUACCAAAAAACCAUCAACAAAGAACAUUUUACUUCAAAACUUUGAGGACGUUGUUGACCCGUCAGCAACGACCAAUGCACUAUUUGUACCAGAGACACCAACCACCAUAGGUGGAAGGCGCGAGUACAAAUCCUUUUGUCAUCCAGUUUCGUUACCGGAAAAUGUUGACACCGAAAAAAUUUAUUCCGAAAUAAUUGAUGGAAUUAUGAGGUUGGAAAAUGUGCACUGUGUCAGUGGCGAAAUUGUCUUAACAAGUAUUUUCCCGGUAUCUCAGAAUUAUGAGGAUCAAAAGUUGUUGAAUUUAUCGAAAAGUAUUGUUAUAUUUUGGAUAAGACUUAAUUUAUUGAAACACCGUCAUCAAGGAUAA